AUGAUAUUUCCACAGAUCGUCUUUUACGAGGACAAGAACUUCCAGGGCCGCUCCUAUGAGUGUAACUCUGAUUCCUCUGAUUUGUCCUCAUACUUCAAUCGCUGUAACUCCAUCCAAGUGGAGAAUGGGAACUGGAUCCUGUAUGAGCAGCCCAACUACAGGGGGCACCAGUACUUCCUGAGGAAAGGAGAGUACCCCGACUUUCAGCAGUGGUUGGGUUACAACGACUCCAUCAGAUCCUGCCGCCUGACUCCACAGCACCGUGGGCCUUUCAGAUUAAGGGUAUAUGAGAAGGAAGACUUUAAAGGUCAGAUGAUGGAGUUCACAGAAGACUGUCCCCAUGUAUCUGAGCAGUUCCGCUACAAUGACAUCAACUCCUGCCAUGUGCACGACGGAUACUGGAUGUUCUACGAUGAGCCCAACUACCGGGGACGUCAGUACUACCUGAGACCUGGGGAGUACCGGAGAUACAGUGACUGGGGAGCCACCAGCCCCAGAAUUGGCUCCUUCAGACGGGUUCAGCAUUUGUUUUAG